AUGUUCGAACUUUUCGACAUUGUUGCUGGUGCAAGAAGAAAUACUGUAGAAAAUAAUCAACAACAAAAUCCAGCAGAAAAUAACCAAGAUUCAUCUGUCCCAAACGAUGACGAAGAGGCAGUAGCAGAAAGUCAAAAUAGUAAUAAUAAUGGUAAUAAUAAUAAUACAAUAAUAACCGAUAGUGCAGAUAAUAAUAAUGGUAAUGAACAUGAUAAUGAUGGAUCGGAUUUGGUAUCAAAUGAAUUAAAACCCAAUGGAGCAAGAUCUGCAUCAAUAUCAAAGUUUCAAUUAAAUAUGAAUAAAAUAAAUAGAAAUAAUAGUAAUGUUAGCAAUGAAGGGUCACCCAGAAAUCAUCAUGGUAAUCAAAAAGGAAGUGGAUCUCGUAGUAAUAGUGUAUUUGGAGAGUCACCAAGAAAUAAGUUUAUUGAAGGUUUUUUAGGCCCAACCACCGAUCCAUCACACGAAACAGCUAAUGCCCAUCACGAUAAUAAAGAUAAUACUACACCGGGAGGGGAAAAGACACCAGGGGAGUUUGAUUUUUACAACGAAUAUUAUACAGAGAAAGGAGAAUUAAAACUAUUUGUUAAACCUAAAAAAUGGUGGCAAUGGGAUACAUUGUUAUUAUCAUUUUCCUAUUUAUCAAAGCUAUCAUUACUUUCCUUCCUUGUAACCAUAGUAGUUUGUGCCUAUGUAUCUUUUUAUAUAAUCCUUGGUAAUAGAUUUAUAUUUUACAAUAAAGACGAUAGACCCAAGUGGGGUUUGGCCACAUCGAUUAUUGCCGGUAUUAUUAACGAACAACUUUUAGUAACAGUUUCUUUUUGUGUGCUUACUUCGCAGUUUGGUUUUAAAGCUACAAGACCUGCUAUACCCUAUGCCGCUUUCUUUUCAAUAGCCUCAAUUGUAUUUACAACUUGUGGUCGUGUUUUUUCAAUAACUGGCACUGGUGAUUUUAUACCAAAAUAUGCAUUGGUUUUGGGUAAUAUCAUAAUUGUAGCAUUGGUCGUCGGCAUUAAAACUUUUAAAUCAAAGCUUUUUUGUCUAUGGAUCGCACUUCCUUAUGUUUUAUUGGGUAUAAUUUUAAUUAUUUAUGACUAUUUCUUAAUCAAAUGGUACAUCAAAGAGUCAACUGGCGAGUUUUCUAAAUCAGUAGUUAGAAUUGUAAUCCACCCACUUAUUACCGCUUUCUGUUUAUUAAUUUCCCGUUUCUGUGCUAACCAGCUCGGUUGCCACAACCCACGUUCUGUAAUUUCAUUAAUGUUAAUUCCUAUCGCUUUCAAUUCCUUCUAUGGUAGAUUAUUUGGUAACACUAUGGAGACUUUAUCUGGUGUCGUUAUCUCAUCAUCAAUUUUAGCUGCUUUAGAAAUAGUAUGGAAAUGCUCAUUAAGAGCAAGAGACUCAUUUAUUGUUAGAUUUUUAUGUAGAUGCUCUAAAAAUGCAUCAACUAUUAUGCAGCAAAAUUUACCAUUAUAUACCGAAUAUCAAUCUUUUGAAAUGAUUUACGAUGUAACAUCAACUUUUGUAUCCACCUAUUUGGUUAUUGUAUACUUUUUUACUUUUACAAAUUCACCAGGUGCUGGAAUCGAAAAACAAUUCAAAAUUAUGGCAAUUCAAUUAGCUUUUUCAAUUGUAACUGAAAUUAUUGUUGCCUAUGUAUCAUUAGCUUAUUUAAAACUUCCAAUUAUUAUUCCAUUCAAAAAGAGAAAGCAAGGUUUCCUCUUUAUUACAAUUUAUUCAUUUUUAACUGUAAUAGCUUUUAUUUCAAUUCGUAUCAUAAAUGUAUUACAUGGCCAAUGGAUUGUUUAA